AUGUUAAACAUUACCUUUUUGAUGAUGCAGUUGGCAUCUUCUAGUGUCAAUGCCGAGUGGAAAAGUGGUGGAUCCACCCCAUUCCCUGAAACCUACAGAGGAGUGUUCUCUUGAUCAGGGUUUAACAAUUGAGGGGGAGUUGCCUGAGAAAGUGAACUGCUACGAGGGAGUGUUUUAUAAUUACUUCAGCAUAGGAAUGGAUGCUCGGGUUGCCUAUGGCUUCCAUCACCUACGCAAUGAAAAACCUAACCUUGCACAAGGUCCUCUUUCAAACAAGUUGAUCUACUCUGGAUACUCUUGCACUCAGGGUUGGUUUGUCACACCUUGCACAAGUGAUCCAAGUUUGAGGGGACUCAAGAAUAUCCUCAGGAUGCACAGAAUGGGAGCAGAUACCUGUUCCUAA